CAUCAAUGUUAAUUACCAUUAAUCACCCAACUCACGGACCAUAAAAAAAAAAGUUCCGGCUAAUUCAUUGACACAAUAAAAAAAAAUCCCCCUUGCACCAGUCCCUGCAACAACAGCAACACAAGCAGAAGUGGAAGCACGGGCACUCACCACAGCCACCACCGUCUAUGCCUUUUGGAGAAGAGGAAUAUAAAAACAACAACUUUCCCCCUUACGACAUAAAGCAAGUCAAUGGGAAACAGCAAGUCCCGCCAGGCUCGUUCCGGUAGCCCUAAUUCACCUCCCUCUCGAAAACAAAAUAAAUACAGCAGUCGGAUUUUCGACAAGCAUAGUCGGCGCCAACCACAACAGAAGCAACAGCUUCAACAGAAACAACAGCUUCAACAAAAGCAACAGCCACAAUCACCACCACCACAGCAACAACUUCAGCAACAACCAGAACUGCAGCAAUACCACCAUCAGCGACAACAACCUUCUACUACUAGCCAAUACAGCAACCAAAACAGCAAUAACUAUGUUUCAACUACAGAUAACACCCCGGGUCAGCGUGCGCUUAACGAUAGUGGCCAUUAUUCGAGAUCACCGUUAUCUCACAUAGAGUUUCCAGGCGGAUCAUACCACACAAAUCUGUCCAGUUAUGGUUGCCUGGAUCAACAGAAAAAGAUAUCAGAUCCAAACCUACAACUUCAGUAUGGCUCGAGAGUUAAAAGAUCCCCGUUGCCUUCAGGGAAUGGAGAUUCUGGCACUGUUAAUGCUACAACUGAUGCUGGAGUAAAGGCCGGAGGAACUGGUCCCAACGCUGAUACUUACGUCAACGGCACUCAUUUGAGAACACCAACGAGUUUAUCUCUCAAUAGCAAUCAACAACAGCAACAGCAACAGCAACAGCAACAACAAUCUCCACCCUUUGGAGAUUGUAGCACAUAUGUGAGUGGUGGUCAUAGCAUGGUUUAUCAGCCGCAACAGCCAUAUUACCACCAACGUGCAAAUAGCUCAAAGCCAACUUCACCUCUUCGUCAGUCUCAAGGGAGAAUGCCAUCUUAUACUCAACAACAGCAGUACAGCCGCACUGCCUCACCAUCGGGUUACCUGUCAUCACAUUACCAAUAUCACCAAUACCAGCGCAUAUCCAACGGAUCACCACCUGUGGGUCCUAUGGGUUGUUCACUUGUUGAUGAAAUGAGUUCAUCUUUGGCAACAAUGGCAUUUGACAUGAAUGACAGACGUGAGAACAUGCAGCAGCAACAACAGCGCCAUCAAUACUCAGGCAUGAAAUAUCCACAGCAACAAGAGCACAUGGGUGAAUUACCCUCAUACAAUCAACGCAUAAAUCCUGCGAGACAGGAGAGUAACAACAGUAGCAACAACCGACUGUCUUACAAAUAUGAGACACUCCUCGACUUUAGCAAUAGCAACAACAACAACAGCAACAACAAUACCAAUACCAAUACCAAUAUCAAUGCCAAUAAUAAUAAUAACAAUAAUAGUAAUAGCAAUAGUAAUAGCAAUAGCCACAGCCACAGAAGACAGCUAUCUUGGCACGUCAACCCUACAUAUGGACUAAAAACCACUCCUAAUCAAACGCUCGUAAACCUCAGAAAUGAUCCGCUUAUAUCUUUACCUGUGAUCAACUCGAAGCCGCCUUUAGCCUUAACGACGACGACGUUGGUCGAUGAGCAGGCUUUUGCUCGUCUACGGAGAGAAAAUCCGACCAAUCCAAAAGAACCCGAAAAGCGCGAGCGUAUUUAUCGAUGGAUGGGAGAUAUAACUAAAGCCUUGACAUUCAACCCGGAGACGGAUGUUCCUGGGUGGAUCAUACCUGUCACACCAGAUGAGCUUGAUCAACCAAACAGUCCAUUCUAUCUCAAUCGCAUCACUUAUGAGUUGGAUCUUAUGGCGCCAAUAGGAAGACCACUUAGGAAAGUGAUCGAUGUCAACUGUGCCACAGGAGAAUGGGCCAUGGAUAUUGCAUUAAAGUACCCCCGCACGCUUGUAUACGCAGUGGAUCCUAAUCUGCAGUUGACUAGACUGCCAUCCAGGGUCCCUGAGAAUUGCCGGUUUAAAUCGAGGAGUGCGAAGGAACAAGAAGGUGAAUUUGAUCUUGUCCAUCAGCGACUUGGAGCGUUUAGGACCCAGAUUUUGGAAUGGACUCCUCAUUUUGCGGAGCUUGGACGGCUAACUCGAGCAGGUGGAUGGAUUCAAUUGGCAGAGUGUAAUGGAGUAAUUACUCGAGGAGGAGUGGAGUCACUCAAAGUGAAUCGAUGGGUCGAAAAAGCAGCGCUCAGUACCGGAUUGAAUCCGACGCAGAUGGUGGAUGCGUUGAUACCGACCAUCUUGGGUGCAGGGCUGAUCAAUGUGGAAUGCUAUGAUUAUAGGAUCCCUUUAGGAGAUUGGGCAGGCCAACGGGGACAGAUUGCAAUGCGAACGUAUCUGAAAAUGGUGGAGUCGUUGAAGGAAGAAAUCAUCAGGAUGAACCGAUUAGAAGAUGGUGUCUUUGAAAGGACAAUUGCGUUGAUGCGGAUGGAGUGUAUGGCUGAGAAUGCAGAGCUGACCAUGAAGGUCAUCUGUGCGCAAAAACCACCAUUUACAGAAGAUAUCUGGCGCUUGGCUUCCUAAGCUUUUCUUUUUUUUAUUUCUUUUUUUAUUUCUUUUUUUGUUUCUUAUUUUCUUAUUUU